AAAAGAAUUAGGAUUUUAUUAUCAAGAAUCUAAAAACAAAGCAAAGUUAAUUGAAAAUCAAACAAUCAAUGGUGAAAUUAUACCAAAUAAUAUUAUAACUGUUUUAAUUGAAAAAGUUUGCAUUGAAAAUGAUGUUAAUUUAAAAUAUCAUAUGAUAUUAGAACAUAUUGGUAAUAUAUCAAUUGAUGAUUUAGAUAAUAUUGAUUUUGACGUAGAAUCUAUAUCAGAUAGUAAUAAGGAAAAGAAAGUAGUAUAUUAG